UUUGUUUUUCAUGUUUGUGGUGGGAUUAGCUGGGAUUAGGGGUGUGGGAUGGAGAAAAACGGUGCGUUGCAUGUGCGAAGCGCGGUGUGUCAUUUGCAUAUAUCGAGUCCAGAUUGGAGUCCGAACUUGGACGCAUGGGUGGUGCACUCGACUUUCCAACAACACACAAAACAAACAGAUGAGCACAACCCGCCGCCGCAACCUAGCCCCACCCCCAGGCGCCCGCCGCCCGCCGGUCGAGGAAGAAGAGGCCGAGGCUCCCCCUGAAGAUCAAGCUAAUGGAGAGUGGGCAUUCAAAUGCCUCAAAGCCAAACGGUACAACGACAAACAGAAGCGAUGGGAAUACAGGGUGGCGUGGAAGCCGACUAGGUUGAAGAGUGGGGAUGGGUUUGUUAUUAAGGUGUGGGGAGAUACGUGGGAGCCGACGGAAAAUGUGCCACAAGAAGCUAUCGACGAACUGCUCAACAUCCGCGAAGAAGAGUACAAUGGCGAGUCAACCGAACAAGUCGACCUCUACCGCUGCGCCAACUGCGAGAUCAAACUCAACUCCAACGACCUGCGCCGCAAGCGCGAUUUCAUGCAGGACGGUAAACUGUGUAAUGUCUGUCGCGAGCAUUAUGUCCGGUUCGGGAAGCUGCCGGAAAGUGGGAAGGUCAAGGCGCGGGAGGGGAAACGGGUUGCGGAUGACAAGGGGAAGAAGCCGUUGAAGACGAAGGCGAAUGUGGAUGUGGAGGGGAGUGGGGAGAGACGAAAGGGGCUCCGGGGUCCGCCUUCCCCUGCUAGUAGUGCGACGACGACGGAGGCGACGAGGAAACGGAAAGCCGAUAUACAACCACAGAUAGCCACCAAACGUGCCAAUAAUGGUCGCCGUGCUUCAGAUUCACCACCGGCACCGGCGAACGAGGAUCACGAUGAAAGUCUGGCUAGCGCGAUCUUUGAUGAGCCUGCCCCUGAGAGUCAGGAGAAAGUGUCUCCAUCACCACAGCAGCCGCAGAAUAGCGCAGUACCACUACCGACAACGCAAACACAUGAUUCCUUACCAGCGCCGGCAGCAGGAAUGGGCGGGUCAUCGAGGUUGGACAUGAACGGAUCGUCCCGAAUAGACGCGAUCAUCCAAGCCCUCCGAACAUCCCAGAACAUCCCUCCCGCACCACUCAUCACCGCUCCCCAGAUCAACCCCGCCGCAACGGACCCACACCCAACCUUCCCAUUGACCCCAGCCAACCCCGACUUCCACGUCCCAACAACGACGGCGAGACCGAAACCGAACGACUGGAGAUGUAAAUGGGACGGGUGUGGGGUUUUCUGUGGGAGUCGGGAGGCUUUGAGGAAGCAUUUUGACGAGGAACAUUUGUGAGUUUGGGGGGGUUGAGGAGGAGUAUCAGGGGGUUGUGAAUCGAUG